AUGUCGACUACCGAGGUUACGGCGAGUUCUCCUGCGACGAAGAGUCACGAGGAAGUUUGGUUCGAUGAAUCGCCUACUUCCAGUACUACGACUUCUAGUACGUGGACCACUACUGAAGAGGCGAGCACGUCCUCAUCAACCACAACUACUCUUUCGUCCUCUACAACUCCGACUACCGAGGUUUCUGCGACUUCUACGACGACGGAGAGUCUCGAGGAAACUAGGGUCGAUGAACUGUCUCCUUCUAGUACAACGGCAUCUACUGCAUCGACCACUACUGGAAACGCAACCAUGUCGUCAACGACUAUAGCUACUCUGUCCUCCUCCACAACCUUGCCUACCGAGGCUAUUGCGACUCCUACUACGACGGAGGGUCUUGAGGAAGUUUGGGUCGAGGAAUUGUCUCCUUCCACUACUACGACAUCUGCUACGCCGAGCACUACUGAAGGAGCGACCACGUCCUCGACAACCACAACUAGUCUGUCCUCUACAACUCCGACUACUGAAGUUACUGCGACUUCUACUACGACGGAGAGUCUCAAGGAAGAUUGGGUCGAUGAAUUGUCUUCUUCUAGUACCACGUCCUCUAUUACGUCGGCCACUACUGAGGAAGCGACCACGUCCUCAAUAACCGCAACUAGUCUGUCCUCUACAACUCGGCCUACUAAGGUUACUGAGACCCCUACUACGACGGAGAGCCUCGAGGAAGUUUGGUUGGAAGAGUCGUCUUCUUCCAGUACUACGACUUCUAGCACGUGGACCACUACCGAUGAGGCGACCACGUCCUCAACAACCACAACUACUCUGUCCUCUAUAACUCCGACUACCGAGGUAACUGCGACUCCUACGAUGGCAGAAGGUCUCGAGGAAACUACGGUCGAUGAACUGUCUCAUUCUAGUACUACAACAUCUACUACACCGACCACUAUUGAAGAGGCGAUCACGUCCUCAGCAACCACAACUACUCUGUCCUCCGCGACAACUUCUACUACCGAGGUUACUGCGACUCCUACUACGACGGAGAGUCUCGAGGAAGUUCGGGUUGGGGAAUUGUCUUUUUCAAGUAUUACGACAUCUGCUACGCCGACCACUACUGAAGGAGCGACCACGUCCUCGACAACCACAACUACUCUGUCCUUCUCUACAACUUCGACUACCGAGGGUACUGCGACUUCUACUACGACGGAGAGUUUCGAGGAAGUUUGGGUCGAUGAAUUGUCACCUUCCAGUACUACGACAUCUAGUACAUGGACCACUACCGAAGAGGCGACCUCGUCCUCAACAGGCACAACUACCCUUCCCUCCUCUACAACUCCGACUACCGAGGUUACCAUGACUCCUACCACGAGCGGAAUUCUCGAGGAAGUUUGGGUCGAUGAAUUGUCUUCUUCUAGUACUACGACAUCUACUAGGUCGACCUCUACUGAAGUGGCGACCACGUCCUCAACAACCUCGUCCUCAACAAUCACGUCUUCAACAACCACAACUACUAUUUCCUCCGCAACAACUUCGACUACCGAGGUUACUGCGACUCCUACUAUGACGGAAAGUCUCGAGAAAGUUUGGGUCGAUGAGUUGUCUCCUUCCAGUACUACAUUCACCACUACUGAAGAAGCGAUCACGUCCUCAACAACCACCACUACUCUGCCUUCUUCUACAAUGUCGACUACCGAGGUUACGGCGAGUUCUCCUGCGACGAAGAGUCACGAGGAAGUUUGGUUCGAUGAAUCGCCUACUUCCAGUACUACGACUUCUAGUACGUGGACCACUACUGAAGAGGCGACCACGUCCUCAUCAACCACAACUACUCUUUCGUCCUCUACAACUCCGACUACCGAGGUUUCUGCGACUUCUACGACGACGGAGAGUCUCGAGGAAACUAGGGUCGAUGAACUGUCUCCUUCUAGUACAACGGCAUCUACUGCAUCGACUACUACUGGAAACGCAACCAUGUCGUCAACGACUAUAGCUACUCUGUCCUCCUCCACAACCUUGCCUACCGAGGCUAUUGCGACUCCUACUACGACGGAGGGUCUUGAGGAAGUUUGGGUCGAGGAAUUGUCUCCUUCCACUACUACGACAUCUGCUACGCCGAGCACUACUGAAGGAGCGACCACGUCCUCAACCACCACAACUAGUCUGUCCUCUACAACUCCGACUACUGAAGUUACUGCGACUUCUACUACGACGGAGAGCCUCGAGGAAGUUUGGUUGGAAGAGUCGUCUUCUUCCAGUACUACGACUUCUAGCACGUGGACCACUACCGAUGAGGCGUCCACGUCCUCAACAACCACAACUACUCUGCCCUCUACAACUCCGACUACCGAGGUAACUGCGAUCCCUACGAUGGCAGAAGGUCUCGAGGAAACUACGGUCGAUGAACUGUCUCAUUCUAGUACUACAACAUCUACUACACCGACCACUAUUGAAGAGGCGAUCACGUCCUCAACAACCACAACUACUCUGUCCUCCGCGACAACUUCUACUACCGAGGUUACUGCGACUCCUACUACGACGGAGAGUCUCGAGGAAGUUCGGGUUGGGGAAUUGUCUUUUUCAAGUAUUACGACAUCUGCUACGCCGACCACUACUGAAGGAGCGACCACGUCCUCGACAACCACAACUACUCUGUCUUUCUCUACAACUUCGACUACCGAGGUUCCUGCGACGGAGAGUCUCGCGGAAGUCUGGGUCGAUGAAUUGUCCCUUCCCAGUACUACGACAUCUAGUACAUCGACUACUACUGAAGAAGCGAUCACCUCAUCAACAACCACAACUACUCUGUCCUCCGCGACAACUUCGACUACCGAGGGUACUACGACUUCUACUACGACGGAGAGUUUCGAGGAAGUUUGGGUCGACGAAUUAUCUUCUUCUAGUACUACGACCUCUAGUACAUGGACCACUACCGAAGAGGCGACCACGUCCUCAACAACCACAACUACUCUGUCCUUCUCUACAACUCCGACUACCGAGGCUACUGCGACUUUUACUACGACGGAGAGUUUCGAGGAAGUUUGGGUCGAUGAAUUGUCACCUCCCAGUACUACGACAUCUAGUACAUGGACCACUACCGAAGAGGCGACCACGUCCUCGACAAGCACAACUACCCUUUCCUCCUCUACAACUCCGACUACCGAGGUUACCACGACGGGAAUUCUCGAGGAAGUUUGGGUCGAUGAACUGUCACCUUCCAGCACUACGACAUCUAGUACAUGGAGCACUACCGAAGAGGCGACCACGUCCUCAACAACCACAACUACUCUGUCCUUCUCUACAACUCCGACUACCGAGGUUACGGCGAGUUCUACUGCGACGAAGAGUCGCGAGGAAGUUUGGUUCGAUGAAUCGCCUACUUCCAGUACUACGACUUCUAGUACGUGGACCACUACUGAUGAGGCGACCACGUCCUCACCAACCACCACGACUCUGCCCUCUUCUACAAUGUCGACUACCGAGGUUACGGCGAGUUCUCCUGCGACGAAGAGUCCCAAGGAAGCUUGGUUCGAUGAGUCGCCUACUUCCAGUACUACGACUUCUAGUACGUGGACCACUACUGAAGAGGCGACCACGUCCUCAUCAGCCACAACUACUCUUUCUACGACGACGGAGAGUCUCGAGGAAACUAGGGUCGAUGAACUGUCUCCUUCUAGUACAACGGCAUCUACUGCAUCGACCACUACUGGAAACGCAACCAUGUCGUCAACGACUAUAGCUACUCUGUCCUCCUCCACAACCUUGCCUACCGAGGCUAUUGCGACUGCUACUACGACGAAGAGUCCCAAGGAAGCUUGGUUGGAAGAGUCGUCUUCUUCCAGUACUACGACUUCUAGUACGUGGACCACUACUGAAGGGGCGACCACGUCCUCAUCGACCACAACUACUCUUUCAUCCUCUACAACUCCGACUACCGAAGUUACUGCGACUUCUACUACGACGGAGAGUCUCCAGCAAGAUUGGGUCGAUGAAUUGUCUUCUUCUAGUACCACACCCUCUAUUACGUCGGCCACUACUGAAGAAGCGACCACGUCCUCAAUAACGACAACUAGUCUGUUCUCUACAACUCCGACUACUAAGGUUACUGAGAUCCCUACUACGACGGAGAACCUCGAGGCAGUUUGGUUGGAAGAGUCGUCUUCUUCUAGUACUACGACUUCUAGUACGUGGACCACUACCGAUGAGGCGACCACGUCCUCAACAACCACAACUACUCUGUCCUCUAUAACUCCGACUACCGAGGUUACUGCGACGCCUACGACUGCAAAGGGUCUCGAGGGAACUACGGUCGAUGAACUGUCUCCUAGUACUACGGCACCUACUACGCCGACCACUACUGGAGAAGUGAUCCCGUCCUCAACAACCACAACUACUUUGUCCUUCUCUACAACGCCGACUACCGAGGGUACUGCGACUUCUACUACGACGGAGAGUUUCGAGGAAGUUUGGGUCGAUGAAUUGUCUUCUUCUAGUACUACGACCUCUAGUACAUGGACCACUACCGAAGAGGCGACCACGUCCUCAACAACCACAACUACUCUGUCUUCUACAACUCCGACUACCGAAGUUGCUGCGACUUCUACUGUGACUUCCUCGAAGACAGAGGGUCUCGAGAAAACUAGGGUCGAUGAACUGUCUUCUGCUGGUACUACGACAUCUACUACAUCGACCACUACUGAAGAAGCGAUCACGUCGUCAACAACCACAACUACUUUGUCCUCCACGACAGCUUCGACUACCGAGGCUACUGCGACUCCUACUACGACGGAAAUUGUCGAGGAAGUUUGGGUCGAGGAAUUGUCUCCUUCCACUACCACGACAUCUACUACGUCGACCACUACUGAAGGAGCGAUCACGUCCUCAACCACCACAACUAGUCUGUCCUCUACAACUCCGACUACCGAAGUUACUACGACUUCUACUACGACGGAGAGUCUCAAGGAAGAUUGGGUCGAUGAAUUGUCUUCUUCCAUCACCACUACUGCUCCCUCGGGCACAACUGAAAGAAUGACUACAUCGUCUGCUUAUGAAUCGGCCGGACUCCACUCCGGCCGAAAUGACGGUCUCAGAGAUGGCAUCAAUAGACGACUACACAGAGAGCGUCGAGGAAACGUCGUCUCAUGUCUCGUCAUCUACUACUGUUACUGCUCCGUGGAGCACAACUGGGGCUGCGGCAUCAUCUUCGGCCACUGA